GGCGGGACUCAGGCUACCGGUAUAAGAGAGGAGCGCCACUGCCCUGGCCACAGUGCUGAAGCUGACGGCUCAGCCAGGACGUGGAGGCAGCGGACACUGAACUUGCAGCUCUUGCCCCAGAGUGACUAAGGAAUAAGAAAAGGAGCGCUUCUUCCCGCCACUCGCAGCCACAGACUCGGAGAAUGCGGCUCCUCGGGAAACUCCGCGCCUCGGCCGCGGGCAGCGCAGCUUCAGAGCCAGCCUUCUCCAACGUGCUCACCCCGGGCCGGAUCCCCGAGUUCUGCAUCCCGCCGCGGCUGUCCGCGCCCUGCGCGCCCGACUCCCCGCCGCCGGCCGCCGCUGUGCCCCGGCGGUGCGCGGCCGAGCCCGACCUGUGGCCCCGAGGAGCCGACGACGGCGCGGGGCGCACGGACUGGGACCCGCGCUCGCAGGCCGCGCUCUCGCUGCCUCACCUGCCCCGCGCGCGCACCGCCUACGGCUUCUGCGCGCUGCUCGAGAGCCCGCACACCCGCCGCAAGGAGUCGCUCUUCCUCGGGGACCCCGGGGCCGCCUCGCUCCUGCAGCCGCCCGUGCUCCGCCCGCGGGCCCACACCUACGGCGGCGGCGGAGACGUGCCCCUCGGAUUCCCUAGCGGAGCCCCCGGCCCCGCGGCCCCCGGAGACACCCUCCCGCCCCGGAACACGUUCGCCCUGCGGCCUCGCGGCCACCGCCUCCUGCGCGCCCCCGAAGGGCUGCUGAGCCGCGCGCUGCAGGCCCGGAGAAGUCGCGGCCUGGCCCGCGCCCGCUCGGUGUCCAGCGAGGACGAGGAACGCCGCGCCAGCUCGGGGUCCCCGGCCCGGACCUGCUCCGCGUCCCCUCCGUCGGACGCCGGCCCGCGGCCCGAGCUCCUGGAGGCCGAGGGCACCGUGGCUCUGGGUCGCGCCGGCGGCGCCCUGCGCCUGGCCGCCGAGUACAGUCCGGCCAGCGGGCGCCUCCGCCUCCGGCUGCUCCGCCCCGAGGACCCGGCCGGAGCAGCCUCCGAUCCCUGCGCCGUGGGCUGCCGCGUCAGCCUGGUCCUGCCGCCGCCCGGCAAGACGCGCCAGCAGCGCAGCGCCGUGGUCCGGCGGAGCCGCAAGGCCGUCUUCGACCAGGACUUCUGCUUCGAGGGGCUGUCGGAGGACGAGGUGCGCCGCCUGGCCGUGCGCGUCAAGGCCGAGGACAAGGGCCGCGGCCUGAAGCGGGGCCGCCUGCUGGGCCAGGGCGAGCUGCUGCUGGGCUCCCUGCUGCUGCUCUGAGGGCGCCCGGGCCUCAGGCCCUGCCCGCGGGCGCUUGCUGCCCGCUGGGGACUCUAGGACACUUCACAGCCGUUUUGUACAAAAUAAAUAUUAUUUAUUGGUUUUUCUAUUUA